AUGCAUACAUUUAGGGCUUCCCAUGCCCUCGAGCCCAUCCGUCUUUCGGCAGAGUUGAACAUUCGGAAGAACAAUGCCAAUAUCGAUCUUAUGGUUUCUCGGUGGAAAAAAAGCACCCACACCUUUGUGUUCCCGUGGGGAGAUGGCAGCCCAACUUUACAAGACACAGCCAUACUGAUGCAGUUGAGUAUGAGGGGGUCUGUAGCUUUCAACCCUUCGAACCUUUCUUCGGCAGAUGUAAGGUUGGUGGAUUGGUUGAGGAGGGCAUAUACAGAGGCGGGCAACUAUGGGUCCCGCUUCGAUCGAGAGGGACGCGUCCAAGCCCCUCCGAAAUCUGGUAAGACAUCCUGGGGUUGCUGGCUGCGAUACUUUUUCAAGGAUUUGCCUCCUCCCGGGACUAUGCCUCCUGUGGGGCAAGCAACUGAGUUCUACAAGAAGUUGUAUGAUUCCGAUCUCCAUCUCGCAGGUUUUCUUGUUUACUGGCUGUUUUUCUUUGUCAUCCCUGAUUUUCCUUAUGAGGGGCCGAACUAUACUGUUUUCCCUCUUGCGGUAAGUCUCGCGAGGGGGAACUUUGUUCCUCUUGGCCCCAUCUUUCUGGGUUCUUUAUUCCAUCGUCUGGAUCAAGUCCACACCGACAGUGAGAGAUCUAUGAGAUGCUACGAUAUGGUAUUAGUGGUACACUCACAAUUCCUGAUGGCUUUUUGUUUUGAGCAUUUCCCAAGUUUUGCUCCCUCCCCUGCGGACAUUAGCGGAGGUGACGAGCCGCGACCCAGGAUAAUGAGGUGGAGUGGGAUGAGUUCAACAAAGUCUUGGGGGAAACGUAUUAAUGAUGCUGGCAAAUUUUUCGCAAGACCUUAUGCUGAGCUCGUCGAAAGUGCCCUUUCUACCAGUUUCUUUUCAGAAAAUAACCGUAUUGUGGAUUUCCAGACCAAAGGUAUUACUGUCUCUGCUUCUACUCUUGCUGCAUUUGCCGAUGCUUGCCCGUGUUCUCUUCCUGCACUAUGUGCGGAAGGGACGCAUUCCAUGUUGUAUCGUCUCGACAGGGUAGCACGGCAGUUUGGUUAUGACUAG